AUGGAUCAAUUUACAGUUAAUGAGAGCAGCGCAAGUAAUAAUACCACAAACGGUGGUGGAAGUGGAGAUAAUAAUUCAUCGUCUGACAAUGAAUUGGAGAAGAAUUCAGCAUUUCAUUUGCACGGUCUUUCAAAAGAUGUAGAUGAAAGCGAUGGUGAAGCUCACAGUGACGAUGAAGAUGAAGACGAGAGUGUCGAUUCCUCACCUUUGGAUCAUGACAAAGGCAAAAACAAGUCAAUUCACAACCAAACCUUGAAUCGUAACAAUAACAGCAGUAACAGCAGCACCCCUUCAACAAAACAUAAUAGAUCUGGUUCAACUACUACCACCACCACCACCACAACUACAACUCCACCAUUAUCCCAUACUCACAAUAAUCAUAGCAAUUCAGCCAACAACACAAACAACAUCGAUGUUCCAUUGUCGAGAAUCUUUAUUAUUUGCGGUAAAGACAUUAGCGAAGCACAAUUAACCAAGGUUUUCAAAAAAUUUGGAACUAUCGAGAGUUGUAAGUUGGUCAUUGACAAAGAAACCAAUGAAUCUAAAGGAUUAGCAUACAUCAAAUACCAAAAGGCAUCUUCAGCUGCACUGGCCAUCGAGAGCAUGAAUGGAACAACUAUUCCCGAAAAUGAAUCGACACCACUCAAGGUAAUGAUUGCUGAGGCCAAGGGACAGAAAACAAAGACGCCUGUAUCCACUGACCCAGAAGAUUUCCCACCAAACUCUCGUCUCUUUGUCAUUUGCAGAAAAGAUACUAGUGAAGCCGAUCUGACCAAUCGUUUCAAGCAAUUUGGUAACCUCGAACAUGUAAAAAUCGUGAGAGAAAGAGAUACCAACGAGUCAAAAGGGUGUGCCUUUGUAAAAUUCUCAAAGAGUUCCACUGCUGCAUUGGCCAUGGAAUCAAUUAACGAAUCCGAUGAUAAAUCAACAAAAGCAAUCAUUGCUCAACCAAAAGUUAAAUAUCACAAACAAAAUGAAUCAAUACAUAUGGUUCAAUUCCCAAUGAUGGGACCCAAUCCAUAUCCAUUCCAAACGGAAUUUUCAAAUCCCUAUGGCCUCUUCCCAACUCUCACAAGACAACGUUUGUUUGUUGUUUGCCAUAAAUCGGUAACCCAAGAGGGAUUAUAUAAACUUUUUUCAAGAUAUCCAGGAAUGGAAUAUUGUGAUCUUAAAAAAGAUAAAGUGUCAAACAAAUCCAAAGGUUUUGCCUAUGUCAACUACAGCACUCCACAGGCAGCUCUAUUGGCUAAAAAUGAAUUGAAUGGAAUCAAAUACCCACCAGGUUACUCUCUCAAAGUCGUAUUUGCUGAGCCACUUGGUAUCAAACAAAACCCAACUCCUGUUAUCGAUCCAAUCUCUUCAAUCCAAACAAGUUUUGCUCAAAUGCCAUUUAUUGCGAGAAGAAACUCUAGCAAUGACACAAGAAAGAGACAAAAAAUUUAA